AUGAGUCUCAGCAGGGACACUAUCCCCCGGGCAAACUGGCUGCAGCUCCGGCGGCAGCAGAUCCUCAGACACACACAGCCAGAAGUCUCUGCUGGAAAUACUGUAUAUUAUGUGGGGCUGUCAGACCCACAGGGGAAAAGACAUUGGCAAUAGGCUGACCAGACACCAUACAGCGGAAGUGCCACUUCACUAGGUUUUCGUCCUGCACCAGGAAACUGGGGCUGGAACGAUACUUUUUGUCGUGUUCCUCACAAAUCAAUUUGCAAGGUGAUGAAGAUCUACUUCUGA